AUGUUGAUUCUUUCCCUCACCCGAUGUUGGCAAGCCAAUUUUUUUCUUUCCAAACGGCGUUAUCCCGCCCCAUUGGCCACCCCCAACCCACACCAGCUACGGUACAAUGUACUCUUUUCCGUUGUCAGAGUUUUGCCUAUAAGUUUGAGUUACCACCUCUCUACAGGACAUGCUUGUCCCCAUCGAUUGAUGUUUCCGCCUAAAGACCUGCAAGAAACAUCUAUCCCGGUGUUCUACGUGGAUCCAGUAACGCUAACAGGGUCACUGUGUUAUGAACUGAACCGUUUUCAGUCAGUUACAGGGCUAUAA